AUGGAAAUUACUGCACUCAAGGAAAUCAUUGUACACACAAUCGGUGCGCGGGUUGUUGGGGUGUGCACGGUGCUCAUGCUGCCAGACUUCUGGUACUCGGUGGCGUUCGCCCGCACGCUGGCGAAGGCGGUGCAGGAGUGGCAGGACUCCGGUCCCCACAACACACUCCUGGGUAAGGCACGGGAGCACCUCGCCGCCGCCGGGUGGCUCGCCGCUCCACGGGACCCCCUUGUGGAGUGUGGCCUCCCCAGCGGCAGCGGGUGGAAACAGCUGCUGCAGUUGAUGCUGCACACAGAGGCAAGUCUGACCUGCAUGGAGAGGCAGGUCCUGCUGGCCCAGGAGGAGCACUUGGCCUUCAGGGACACUGUCCUGCUGGCCGUGGCAUGCUUUACUCUCACGGUCAGCCUGCUGGGCUGGACCUGGGCGCGGCACAAACUCGUGCGGCGCAGCCACCAGCCCAGCAAACACCGGAAGGACGACAACCUGUUCUCCGGUGGGGAGGGCGAGGCGCCGAGCUACGAAGGCGCCGCGGCUAAACAAAGUGAUGGAGCAGAAGAGGCCAGCGAGUGUGCCGGUCAGGGCCAGGUCGAGGUGUCCCAGGUUGAGGGGAAAGAAGAAAUCUCUGCUCAGAAGGAGGAUGAGGGUGUCCUCCCUCAACAACAGGAGGAAGUUAUCCCCCAACAAGAGAUACAGAAAUUCCAAUCCGCACAGGAGGCUGCCGGCCUGGAGGCUCUUCCAGAGCAGGAGGAGGCUGUUCAUCAGCAAGAGGAGGCUGUUCAUCAGCAAGAGGAGGCUGUUCCUCAGCAAGAGGAGGCUGUUCCUCAGCAAGAGGAGGCUGAUCCUCAGCAGGAGGCUCUUCCAGAGCAGGAGGAGGCUGUUCAUCAGCAAGAGGAGGCUGUUCCUCAGCAAGAGGAGGCUGUUCCUCAGCAAGAGGAGGCUGAUCCUCAGCAAGAGGAGGCUGAUCCUCAGCAAGAGGAGGCUGAUCCUCAGCAAGAGGAGGCUGAUCCUCAGCAGGAGGCUCUUCCAAAGCAGGGGGAGGCUCAACCACCUACAGAAGCGCCAAAGAAGACUAAUGACAAUGACACUAUGGAAACCCAGAAAGGCGCGCCCCUCGAAACUCCUGACGGAGGGCCUAAGGCAGCUCAACACGUAUCGCCGCUGCCGCUGCCGCGCCUGCGCAGCCCCGACCGGCGGGACAUCCUGGGCAAGCGCUGGCUAUCUGAUGACGUCAUGGACCUGGCCCAGGAGCUGCUGCAGCGCCAGUUCCCGAACACUGGCGGCCUGUACGCCUGCGGCGCAGCCUUCACUCUGCCGCCCCUGCAGCCCGGCAACGCGGCGCUCUUCUUGCAGGUGGUGAACCGGACCACACCGAUGAGCCUCGCCUCCAUGGCAGACUACGGCCGUGCGGGGGGCAGCCACUGGCUCCUAUUGUCCUCGUAUGGCGCUGGGCGCCCCGGUCAGCUGGCGGUAUAUGACUCUCUCUACGACACGCUCUCGCCUCCACAGCCGCCCUGGUGCGGCAGCUGCAGGAGCUGCACGCCCCGCCGCCAGGGGUCGUCGUGGCCCGUGCAGCGCCAGCGGGACGGCUACAGCUGCGGCCUCUUCGCCCUGGCCUUCGCCUUCAGCAUCGCCCACGGCCAAGACCCGUGCCGCCUACACUACGUGCGGGCCCGCAUGGCGAGCCACCUGCUAUCGUGUCUGGAGCGCGGCACUGUGACGCCCUUCCCCAGCGAGCCAAAGGAGACAUUUGGCUAA